AUGUCAGCAGCAAUCUAAGUUUGCCGAGCCCAAAUGGAUUGGGUGUUGGUUGACUCAAGUUUUUUGAGAGGAUUUUCAUCUUAUAACGAGUGGGAGAUUUCUAAAGAAUGCUCCUAUUUUGAAUCUGGUGGAACUCAUGAUCUUUAUACAUGUAAUCAAAAUCAAAUCAGUUAUGCACGUCUUGAUAAAAACAAUAAUAGAAGAAUGGAUAAGAUUUUUGAAAAAAAAAGUUACAGGUAAUAAGUUAUAGUUGAUAUAUUUUUUGAUAAUGCUGAAACUCCAUAUGAUAAAGCAGCUCUCUUCACAUUGAACUUAACAAAAGUUCAGUUUCCCAAAAUAUUAUGUUUUAAAGAUACUAUUCUAACGGUAAUUUAGAUUAGAAUGCAAGAAUAAUAUGCAAUAGUUCAUCAACUUAGUAUUUUGAUUUCAAGACAAUAGUAGGUACAUCACCAAUAGGUAUUGAACCAGAUGAUAAAUAAAUUCUUGGAAUUUUAAAUUUGUUUGUGUACGUCUUAUACUGUUAGCCAACAUGCAAAACCUGUUCAAGUUCUACUAGUUGUCUAACAUGCUAUUAUGGUACAAUAUAAAUUGGGGGAUCUUGUGGUUGUGACCCUUCUCAUUAAUUUGCUUAAACUGGAAUAGGAUGUAGAUAAGAAUGUGCAAGAGAUUAUUUUAUAGCAAGAGCAGACAAUAUUUGUGUUCCAGAUAGAAGAAUUAAAUCAAAUAUUUCAUAUUUUGAAUCUGCAACUUUUAAUACUUAUUCUCCUUUUUUAUUCAUUCAAGACUCUGCAAAUAUCAGAAAUUCUCCAUUGUUAAUUCAUACUUGUUCCUCUACUAGUUAUGUUGGAAGUUUACUUUUUAAUGAGGAAAUGAGUUUAUAAUUUGGAAAUUCACAAUCCUUAAAAUUUAUUAGACUCAGGAUCACAUUUUACAUUAAGAACUUUUAGACUAAUAAUAAAAUAUAAAUAUUGUUGGACGACUAAAUAUAAGGUGAAAUAAUCAAAGCUGCCUCUUAGUAUACUUUCGUUAAUGUAAAAAAAAUUUAAAGUUCAAGUACUAAUUGCUCUACUUAUGAUUUAAUCAGAAUAGAAGCAAUUCUUCGAACUUUCUCUGAUAGUUCUAAACUAAUUUUAAAAGGAGCAUAGUUAACAUAAGCAACUUCGAUAUGGGGAUUCAGAAAUAUAACAAUUGAUAGUGGGUAUUGUUAAGAAAAUUGUGCAAUUUGUUCUGAUUUUUCCAUAUGUUAAUAAUGUAAUAGCGGUUAUUUUUUAUUUUAAAAUGGUUGUGUCAGUUCUUGUCCAGCCCAUUCUGAUGAUUGUGUUGAUUAUGCUGAUAUGAUUCCAAGUAAUUUAAAUUAUUUAUUUUAGACUCUCGAUACUUAGCAAAAGGAUUUUAUAAUUUAAAUAUGACUACUUCAGAUAUCAAUAAAUUCUAUGAUCUAGUUAUUACAAAUGGUACUAAUUUGAUGACAGGGUAGAAAUUUUCUAUAUUUCCAACAAAAUUUGUUUUAGGUGGCGUAGUAGUCUGGAAUAAUGCAAUAUAUUAAAAAUCAUGGAGUAUAUCAAAACCUCACUAUGCCAUUACGAUUAGAUUUAAUCUUACAUAUGGAGACGAAUAUAGUGGAAAUUUUUAUUACACCAUUUAAGGAGCGAAAUCUAUUGCACAUCCAAAACCUAACUCAAGUGGUUAAAACUUUAUUGGUAGGAAUUUAAAAGAAAUAACAAAAUAUUUUGAAAUUUAUUAAAAUCCAUUUAACUCAUCUUCAUUAAAUAUUGAUUUCGAAUGUACAGAUGUAGUUUUAAAUCCAAAAAACUAAUUUUGUGCAAUUUCUGAUUACUUUAUAGUUGUACAUUAUGUAAAUAUNGGUAUUGAACCAGAUGAUAAAUAAAUUCUUGGAAUUUUAAAUUUGUUUGUGUACGUCUUAUACUGUUAGCCAACAUGCAAAACCUGUUCAAGUUCUACUAGUUGUCUAACAUGCUAUUAUGGUACAAUAUAAAUUGGGGGAUCUUGUGGUUGUGACCCUUCUCAUUAAUUUGCUUAAACUGGAAUAGGAUGUAGAUAAGAAUGUGCAAGAGAUUAUUUUAUAGCAAGAGCAGACAAUAUUUGUGUUCCAGAUAGAAGAAUUAAAUCAAAUAUUUCAUAUUUUGAAUCUGCAACUUUUAAUACUUAUUCUCCUUUUUUAUUCAUUCAAGACUCUGCAAAUAUCAGAAAUUCUCCAUUGUUAAUUCAUACUUGUUCCUCUACUAGUUAUGUUGGAAGUUUACUUUUUAAUGAGGAAAUGAGUUUAUAAUUUGGAAAUUCACAAUCCUUAAAAUUUAUUAGACUCAGGAUCACAUUUUACAUUAAGAACUUUUAGACUAAUAAUAAAAUAUAAAUAUUGUUGGACGACUAAAUAUAAGGUGAAAUAAUCAAAGCUGCCUCUUAGUAUACUUUCGUUAAUGUAAAAAAAAUUUAAAGUUCAAGUACUAAUUGCUCUACUUAUGAUUUAAUCAGAAUAGAAGCAAUUCUUCGAACUUUCUCUGAUAGUUCUAAACUAAUUUUAAAAGGAGCAUAGUUAACAUAAGCAACUUCGAUAUGGGGAUUCAGAAAUAUAACAAUUGAUAGUGGGUAUUGUUAAGAAAAUUGUGCAAUUUGUUCUGAUUUUUCCAUAUGUUAAUAAUGUAAUAGCGGUUAUUUUUUAUUUUAAAAUGGUUGUGUCAGUUCUUGUCCAGCCCAUUCUGAUGAUUGUGUUGAUUAUGCUGAUAUGAUUCCAAGUAAUUUAAAUUAUUUAUUUUAGACUCUCGAUACUUAGCAAAAGGAUUUUAUAAUUUAAAUAUGACUACUUCAGAUAUCAAUAAAUUCUAUGAUCUAGUUAUUACAAAUGGUACUAAUUUGAUGACAGGGUAGAAAUUUUCUAUAUUUCCAACAAAAUUUGUUUUAGGUGGCGUAGUAGUCUGGAAUAAUGCAAUAUAUUAAAAAUCAUGGAGUAUAUCAAAACCUCACUAUGCCAUUACGAUUAGAUUUAAUCUUACAUAUGGAGACGAAUAUAGUGGAAAUUUUUAUUACACCAUUUAAGGAGCGAAAUCUAUUGCACAUCCAAAACCUAACUCAAGUGGUUAAAACUUUAUUGGUAGGAAUUUAAAAGAAAUAACAAAAUAUUUUGAAAUUUAUUAAAAUCCAUUUAACUCAUCUUCAUUAAAUAUUGAUUUCGAAUGUACAGAUGUAGUUUUAAAUCCAAAAAACUAAUUUUGUGCAAUUUCUGAUUACUUUAUAGUUGUACAUUAUGUAAAUAUUUUGAUCUUAUUUUUAGUGUCUCCCCUUCUGCCAAGUUUGUAAUAAUGGGGUUUCAUGUGAUACCUGGGAAUCUGGACACACAAAUUAAAAUUGCGAUACGAAUUAAUAUUUAUAUUUUGAUUCUUUAUCAGAAACUUAUAGUUGUAUUUCAUGCAAUUAACCUGGAUGUUUAGCUUGCAAAAAUUUGGAAGAAUGCAUAUCCUGUGAUUCUUCAAGUUAAUAUAAUACUUUAAUUAAUGGUGUUUGCUUAUCAAUUAAUCCAUCUCCUUCUAUUUCAUCAAUUUAAUGCCAUAAAUAUUGUGAAACUUGCACAGGAGUUUUGAAAACUAACUGUUAAACAUGUGUUACUGAUUUGCAUAGAACUUUAUCGAAUAAUGAAUGUUUAUGUAAGCCUGGUUUCUAUGAUGAUGGAUAUAAUUUAAUUUGUCUUCCAAUUUGUGGUGAUCUUUUAAUUGUUAAUGGAGAGGAUUGUGAUGAUGGUAAUUAUAAUCCAUAUGAUGGAUGUCACAAUUGUAAAUUUAGUUGUGAUAAUGCUUGCAAAGAAUGUAUAUUUGGAAUUUGUUUCGAUUGCCAAUAAGGAUUCUAAAUUAUACAAAAUAAUUGUGUUGCCGUUUGCGGUGAUAAUCUUUUAGUGAAAAUAGAGGAAUGUGAAGAUAGUAACUCGAAUUCAAAUGAUGGAUGUUAUAAUUGUAAAUUUUAAUGUUCAAAUCACUGCAUCGAUUGCUAAUUUAACAAAUGCAUAAAAUGCGAUGAGUCGGAUGGAUGGUAUCUUUAAGAUUAAACUUGCUAAACUAUUUGUGGAGAUGGUAUAAUUGCUAUGUAAUUUAAAUAAUGCGAUGAAAAGAAUUUACAUGAUAAUCUGUUUAAUUAACGUUUUUGUUUUUAAUGUCUCUACUAAUGUUAAGACUCUUGCUCUAAUUGCUACAAUGGAUUGUGUUAUUAAUGUAAAACAGGAUGGAUUCUAAACCCAAUUGAAAAUUAUUGUUAUCCAAUUGAUGGGGAUAAAUUAGUAGUAGGAAACGAAUAAUGUGAUGAUGGCAACAAUAUUUAAAACGAUGGAUGUUUUUUAUCAUAAUUUUAAUAUCAAAUUUCAUGUUAGUAAGGUUUGUAUGGAAUAUGUUAAAAGUGUAGAUCUGGAUUUGAAUUGAUUAAUAAUAUUUGCAUAGAAAAAAACUUAGAUGGACUCUUAGUUGGAGUAGAAUAAUGUGAUGAUUAGAAUUUGAUAGGGAUAGAUGGUUGCUUUUAAAAUAUGUUUGAUUGUACUUAAUUUUGCAUACAUUGUGUUUUGGGCUAAUGUUUAUAAUGUGAUUAGACUUCAGGUUACACGUAAAUUGACAUAUUUAAUAACAAAUGCCAGACUUUUUGUGGGGAUGGUAUAAAAUCUAUUGAUGAAGAUUGUGAUGAUAGGAAUGAGAUUCCUUAUGAUGGAUGUUUCGAAUGCAAAUUUUAAUGUUAAGUUGUAUGUACAGAUUGUAGAUUUGGAAUAUGUUAUGCGUGUGGAGGAGAUGGUUGGUAUUUAAAUAAUAAUUAUUGUGAAUGUAGAGGAGAUGGUUGGCAUUUAAUUGAUCAUCACUGUAAAACAAUUUGUGGAGAUGGAAUAGUUGUUCAUGAUUUAGAGGAAUGCGAUGAUGGUAAUAAUAUUUAGUAUGAUGGAUGUCAUUAAUGUUAAUUUUAAUGUUCUGAAAUGUGCAUUCUUUGCUAAUAAGGUAUUUGUUAUGAUUGUGACAAUUAUGGUUGGGUGAUUGAUAAUCAUAACUGUAAACCAUUUUGUGGAGAUGGAAUAAUCAUAGGUAGUGAAUAAUGUGACGAUAUGAAUGAAAAUUAAAACGACGGUUGUCAUUAAUGCCAAUAUGCUUGUGAUGAAUAUUGUAUAGAUUGUUAAUAAGGAAUUUGUGAAAAGUGCGAAUUCGGAAGAAAUCUAAUUUAGAAUGUUUGUUCUUCUUAAUGUGGAGAUGGAGCUUACGUAAAAUCAGUUGAGCUAUGCGAUGAUGGAAAUUAUGAAAAUGAGGAUGGAUGUGACAAAAAUUGUAAAAUAGAAGCAAAUUACUUAUGCUUAAAUAGAGAAGAUUAGUUUUCAUUAUGUGCGUAUUCUAAAUAACCUUAAUUUAAUAUCAAACUUCUUUCAAUCUAAGCUGGAAAUUGUUAAAAUGUUUAAAUAACAUUUAACUAGAAGAUGAAAUAUUAUGGAGGAGAGGAUCAAAAUAAAAUGUCUUCGCUUAUUCUUAUUAGUAUUAUAGACAUGCAAGAUUCUCAAUAUGACAUUGUCUAAUAGUUGAUUAAGUAGGAACCAAGAGAAUAUAUAAGCGAUAUUACUAUUCUUGUGGAGGUGAAAUUUUAUGUUUCAAUAGAGAGACCCUAUUUGAAAAUAGAAUUCAAGAAUGACUCUUUUGUUUCAGAAUACAAUUUGCCUCUUUUAUAGUUAACUAAAACAGUUUAAUUGUUUAAACCUUCAGUUCUAAGCGAAACUUAGAUAAUUAUAGCUUAAAAUACUGUAGCCUAUAAUUAAGCAGUUAUUUAUUUUCUAAUUAGCUUAUCUAGCCUUUGUAUAAUAACAGGUUCUUCUGAAGUAUUUUGGAAUCUGAUGGAUCAAUUAUAGUAUUUAUCAUACAUCAAAUAUGUAAAUAUUAGAUUUCCUGAAAAUCUUAAUAUAUAUUUUGAAGUAUUUAAAUUAAUUAGUAUUGAGCCUGUAAUUUAAGCUUUAGGAAUAGAUAAUUUGCUUAAUCUUAUUUUGCAAUUUCAGAAUAAUCAAAUUCUUACUGAUCAUAAAUUUGUAAUUGAUGAUAUUAACAUAAGAUUUCUUGAUAAUUUUAAAAGUUUUAUAUUUUUUUUGGGAUCUGCAUAUUUAGGAUACUAUUUUUUUAAAAUUACCUAUUUGUUCUUAUACCAACUGUAACCAUAUUUAUUACCAAAAAUGAACCUAAUAAUUUCAAAAGGAUUUUAUUUUCUUAGAAAAAAAUGUUAUAAAUCUUGUGAAGACUUUUAUUAUAAUGGCAUAUUGAGAAUUAUCAUGUCAAAUGCUUACGAUAUUUCUUUUGCAAUGACAAUAUAACUUGCUUAUUUUUAAAAUAAUAAUAUAAGUGAGUCAAUAAAUUCGUAUCUUUCCCUUAUCGUAUUUGUAUCAUAUUUAGGCAUUUCAAUUUAUAUUUUUGAUAUUUUGCAAAAAUUUUUUAGGUUAAAUACAUUAAAGGUGAAGAAAUAAUAUGAAUCUUUAUUUGAAGGAAUUUAAGAUUAGAAAAAUUUCUGGAACACAUAAUAUAAUGCAAUUUUAUUAAUCAAGAAAUUUGCUUUUAUAAGUAUAAUUGUAUUUAUGUAAAAAGAAGGAAAACUUUAAACUCUCCUUAUUGCAACAAAUUAAACUUUAUUUCUUUUUUAUCUUAUUGUCAAUAAACCUUUACAGAGUCACUAUGAAUACUGCAAAAUUCUUAUAACAGAGUCCAUUGUAAUAUUCAACACAAUCACAUUUAUUCUUUAUGACUAUUUUACAGAUGUUGGAUUGACCUAAGACUCUAAUAUAAAUUUAGGAUGGCUUCACAUAUCUUCAUUUUCAGCUAUCCUAACAUUCUCUUUAAUUAUCGAUAUUUUUUAACAGAUGAAGACCAGGCUGAUCAAAUUAAGGCAAUUUUGUUGCCGCACCAUGAAAUAAGAAAAUCAAGGAGAAUCAGGAGCACUUUUUAUUUGA